GGUCCCGGCCGCGCGGAGCGGACAUGUGCAGGCUGGGCUAGGAGCCGCCGCCUCCUCCCCGCCCAGCGAUGUAUUCAGCGCCCUCCGCCUGCACUUGCCUGUGUUUACACUUCCUGCUGCUGUGCUUCCAGGUUCAGGUGCUGGCGGCCGAGGAGAACGUGGACUUCCGGAUCCACGUGGAGAACCAGACGCGGGCUCGGGACGAUGUGAGCCGUAAGCAGCUGCGGCUGUACCAGCUCUACAGCCGGACCAGCGGGAAGCACAUCCAGGUCCUGGGCCGCAGGAUCAGUGCCCGUGGCGAGGACGGGGACAAGUAUGCCCAGCUCCUAGUGGAGACAGACACCUUCGGUAGUCAAGUCCGGAUCAAGGGCAAGGAGACGGAAUUCUACCUGUGCAUGAACCGGAAAGGCAAGCUCGUGGGGAAGCCCGACGGCACCAGUAAGGAGUGUGUGUUCAUCGAGAAGGUUCUGGAGAACAAUUACACGGCCCUGAUGUCAGCCAAGUACUCCGGCUGGUACGUGGGCUUCACCAAGAAGGGGCGGCCGAGGAAGGGCCCCAAGACCCGGGAGAACCAGCAGGACGUGCACUUCAUGAAGCGCUACCCCAAGGGGCAGGCGGAGCUGCAGAAGCCCUUCAAGUACACCACAGUGACCAAGCGGUCCCGGCGGAUCCGCCCCACGCACCCCGGCUAGGGCCCCCGCCCACGUCCACACUCCCAGAGAACUGCAUCAGAGGAAUAUUUUUACAUGAAAAAUAAGGAAGAAGCUCUAUUUUUGUACAUUGUGUUUCAAAGAAGACAAAAACUGAACCAAAACUCUUGGGGGAGGGGGACGAUAAGGAUUUUAUUGUUGACUUGAAACCCCCCCCAUGACAAAGACUCACGCAAAGGGACUGUUGUCGACGCACAGGUGCUUGUCUCUCUCAGAACAGACAACUCUAAACUCGUCCCCAGAAGAGGACUCGAAUGAGGAAAACGACACUCUGAGAAACCAAAGUCCUUUUUCCCAAAGGUUCUGAAAGCAAAAG